UGAUUGAGCACCAUAAGUCUGUGACCCGCGUGGACAGUGACGCUGAAACAUGUUACAGUUUGUCUCUCCCCGCUCGCCCUGUUAACUGUUUAAAUAUAUUUUUAUUUGUUUGUUUGUUUUGUUCUUUAAUUUUUGUUUGUUUUUACUUCCGGAGUAGGACGCGCAGGACAGUGACGUCAUGGCUAAGAUGGCAGCCUCCAUGGUGGAGGGUGGAGAGGAUGCGUUUCGGAAGAUCUUUAAGUUUUACAGGAGGAGAAACCCCCCACCGGACCUCAGCGACGUCAUCGACUUUUCCAGGUGUGCGCCCGGUGAACAGAUCAUUCCAGUUAACCUCGCCGCCGCCGCAGUGAGCGAUGUGGAAGCCACCAGAGUCGGAUUACAGCCCGUCAGAGAAUGGCAAGCCUUCGGCCUGCGAGGACACCCAGGGUUCAUCUUCAUUUCCAAUCCGUUCCUGCGUGGCACGCAGCCGUUCUGGCUCCGACAGUGUCUGAAGAUUUACCCUCAGAAACCAAACAUCUGCAACCUGGACAUGCACAUGUCCCCCUUAGAGACUCAGGACAUCUGGGGACAGAGUGUGCACAGCCUGAGAUCUUCUCAGGCUGGAAAACGAGAAGCUCGGACUCUCCUGGAACGGCUGCGCUGGGUCACGCUGGGCUAUCAUUACAACUGGGACACAAAGACGUACUCUCCCAGCAGUCACACUCCUUUCCCACGUGACCUCCACCUCCUCUCCGCUCACGUGACAGCUGCCUGCGGCUUCCCUGGCUUUAUCUCGGAAGCGGGAAUCCUCAACUAUUACCGAUCGGACUCUUCUCUGGGAAUCCACGUGGACGAGUCGGAGCUGGACCACACUCGGCCGCUGCUGUCGUUUAGUUUUGGUCAGUCAGCCAUCUUCCUCCUGGGCGGCCCCCGCAGACAGGACCCCCCUACAGCCAUGCUCAUGCACAGCGGGGAUGUGAUGGUGAUGUCGGGGCCGAGCCGCCUUCUGUACCACGCGGUCCCACGAAUCCUCCCCGCACCUCCAGAGCGUCUGGCGUUAGAGACGGGGGAUGCAUCCAGGCCCCCCCCCACAGGAAGGCUCCGUGGUGGAGCCGGUGUCCGAGGAGGAAUGGGCCGUCUGCUCCAGGUACAUCCAGAGCUCCAGAGUGAAUGUGACCGUCAGACAGGUGCUGGCGCCUGGACAGAAAUUUCCAGAAACUCCCUGUAGUCACCAAAACACAGACACUGGACAGACAGACGGAUACAAUGAUGGAGAGAGCAGAAAGAGGAAGAGGAGCAGCAGCAGAGACUCUGCUGAUGCUGCAGAGACAUGAACUCACUGAGGGGCCUGUCCAGACUUACAGCACGGGCCUCAAUGAAGGACGGCUUCUGAUUGGUUACUGGGUUUACUUCUUAAAGGAUUUAUGAAUGGGUCGGUGACGUAGAUGCUGGCAGACAUGGGACGAGACCUGAUCUUAAAGAUGAACUCUUAGGAGUCGGUGCUAAUCUGGAUCCAGUUCAGUGUCAAAAUGAUUUUUUUUUUCUUUUUAACCAUUAGUGUGAUCGGACUACGUGUUGAGUCCUCACUAAUAUCUUAAACUGAUUCAGUUACGAACAGUGAGUGAACAAUCAAUGAACAAAACAAAACAAAACAAAACAAAACAAACCAAAAAAAAAAAGAUAAUAAUAAAAUAAUGAUGAAAAAUAUCCACCUGGAUCCUGAUGCUACCACCAGGACUCUCUCCAGAACAUUAGCUGCUGAAAUGUUGCUUCAUUGUGAACUUUUUUUUUGUGUCAUUACAAAAGCCUGCUACUCUACUUCAUA